UAUAUAUAUCACGUAAUGGCAUCUUUGCCAUUCAUGAUCACGAGAAAUCUAGAAAAUUUGAUGAAAAUGAAGGUUGAAAUCAUCUCCAGCAAGUUCAUAAAACCAUCACUCCCAACACCCCCUACCCAUCGAAAAUACAAGCUUUCGUUCUUCGAUCAGCUCGCUCCUCCCGCCUAUCCCGGCAUCGUCUUCUUCUUCCUUUCAAAUGACAAAAACCAUGAAGCCCAAGCUGAGAACGACAAUGUCAAGUGGCUCAAACAGUUAGAGAAGUCGCUCUCUGAUAUCUUAGUACAUUUUUAUCCGCUAGCAGGUAAGUAUGUGAAAGAGGAUCUCUUGGUUGAUUGUAACGACCAAGGGGUUGAAGUUUUUGAAGCACGAGUACAUAACAUUUCACUCGCAGAGCUUGUCCAUGGAAGACCUGAGCUGGUGGAUUCUUUUGCUCCCACUGCAAUGGCCAUGGCUAGCUCGAACCCGAGUCCAGUAGCCGCCAUCCAGAUCAGUACGUUUGAGCAGGGUGGAUUUGCAGUGGGGAUGCGCAUUUCGCACAAAAUCAUUGAUGGGUUUACACAGGCAACAUUCAUCAAAGAAUGGGCAAUUGCUAGCAAAGAAGGGAUUGAAAAAGCAAUGUGGCCGAGUUUCGAGUUGGGUUCUCUUUUUCCAGCGAGAGAACUUUCUGACCUCAAGCCGCAUCCGCGGAGGGACCAAGGGGUUAAAAAGCUUGUCGCUAAGAGGUUUGUGCUCGAUGCUGCAACGAUAUCAACCUUGAAAGCCAAAGUUGUUGGAGUUUCUUUGGGUACGCCACCCAAACGCCAACCUUCAAGAAUCCUUGUGGUGACAGCCCUCAUAUGGAGGACUCUCAUCGACAUUGCUCGAGCCAAACACGGGUACUUAAGGCCUUCCGUAUUGUCCCUUUCAAUGGACUUACGCGAGAGAACCGGUUUACAACCACCCAAAAACCCUUUUGGCAACCUCUUCACUCACUCGACCGCUAGAUUUAUGGCGGAGGAGAACAAGAUGGAGCUACAUGACUUGGUGUUUCUACUCAAGGAAGCAAUAAACAAGACCAGUGAGGACUAUGCCAAUGUACAACAUGGUGAUGAUAUUUACUCCAUGUUGAUAAACCACUACAAUGAGAAUGGUGCAGACAAGCCUAGCAAUGCUGAUUUCUUUUAUUUUAGUAGCUUGAGGAAGUUCUCUUGCUAUGAAGUUGAUUUUGGUUGGGGACAACCUGCAUGGGUGACUACAACAUCUAAGCCUGUCGAGCUGAUUUCUCUUAUGGAUACCAAAUGUGGGGAGGGAAUUGAAGUUUCAAUGACCUUGAAUGAAGAUGACAUGAGAGAAUUCGAAUGUCAUCCAGAUAUAGUAGAGCUCUCUUCUGCGGAAAUUUUAACUAGAGCUUUACCCAAAGAGUGAAAUGUGUGGUGUGUGUAGAUUUAAAAUUAGCUUUUUAUGAGUUAUGCGUAGAAUAAUGACUGUUUUUUAAACAAGUAAUACAUAACUAACCAGAACCUCUGAUCUGGUUAUUGUCUAGUAUCAUUUUAUUGUGUGAAAUUGUGGAUUUAAAUCUUA